AAAAUGCACAGCCAGCCACGGAGCUAGUUGGAGCAGGAACGGCGAGGAGGCAGAGCGAGGCCGGGAGUCCGGCCUCAGGCAGCGGGGAGUGGAAAUUUACAGCUGCUUGUGAGCGCCUGUGCGCGUUCAAGCGAUCUUUUCUGCUAACGCUUUUCCAGAGGCUGUCAGUCGCUCGGCAGAAGAAGAGCAGGAGGCCGAGUCGCAGGAUCCCUUGUCUCUGCCACGUGUCGAUAAUCGGCGGGGAGGGAACAAAGAGGAAUUAAAUGGAAGAUAACUGAAGGCGGCUGGCGGCGGCGUGGGCUGCGGGGAGGAGGCAGAGCUGUCUUCAGCACCUGGCCAUGAGGCUGCACGGCGCUGCCUAGGAGCCCCCACCUUUCCACACACAGCAGUCCUCUUCUAUCCUGAAGGAAGAAAUCCAGGUGAAGAAAAACCAUGCCUUUGUUUAGUAAAUCACACAAAAAUCCUGCUGAGAUUGUGAAAAUUCUGAAAGAAAACAUGGCCAUAUUGGAAAAACAAGAAAAAAAGACAGACAAGGCAUCAGAGGAAGUGUCAAAAUCUCUGCAAGCAAUGAAAGAAAUUCUCUGUGGAACCACAGACAAGGAGCCACCUACAGAAAUUGUGGCUCAGCUGGCACAAGAGCUAUACAACAGUGGCCUUCUGGUGACACUUAUUGCCAACCUGCAGCUGAUAGAUUUUGAGGGUAAAAAGGACGUUUCCCAGAUAUUUAACAACAUCUUGAGAAGACAGAUUGGCACACGCAGCCCUACUGUGGAAUACAUUAGUGCCCAUCCACAUAUCCUAUUCAUGCUUCUAAAAGGAUAUGAAUCCCCAAAUAUUGCCUUACGCUGUGGAAUUAUGCUGAGAGAGUGCAUCCGGCAUGAACCCUUGGCCAAAAUCAUACUCUUUUCAGAACAGUUCAGAGACUUUUUUAAAUACGUGGAAAUGUCGACAUUUGAUAUAGCUUCUGAUGCCUUUGCUACAUUCAAGGACCUGUUAACACGACACAAGUUGCUGGUAGCAGAAUUCCUGGAACAAAAUUAUGAUGCGAUCUUUGAGGACUAUGAAAAACUCCUUCAUUCUGAGAAUUACGUAACAAAGAGACAGUCUUUGAAGCUGCUGGGUGAAUUGAUUCUGGACCGACACAACUUUGCCAUCAUGACAAAAUAUAUCAGCAAACCAGAAAAUCUGAAGUUGAUGAUGAACUUGCUGCGAGAUAAAAGCCCCAACAUUCAGUUUGAAGCAUUCCACGUGUUCAAGGUUUUUGUGGCCAGUCCAAACAAAACACAGCCUAUUGUGGAGAUCCUGUUGAAAAACCAACCCAAGCUAAUUGAGUUUCUGAGCAACUUCCAGAAAGAGAGGACGGAUGACGAACAGUUCACUGAUGAGAAGAACUACCUGAUCAAGCAAAUCCGAGACUUGAAAAAGCCAACGGCGUGAAGAACUCCUCUUGUGUUCCACUGUAGGCAUUAAUCUCAUUUGUUAAGUCCCUCUGUGUCCCUUAACACCACAGUAGUGCUUGGGAAGGCACGGCGAGUACCUGGUUUUUAUUUUGUCUUUGUUCCUAGACGUCAAGAGUUACAGGGGUUUUACAUGAAAGCUAAACAAAAAAAAAAAGAGAGAAAUCUAGAAUAAUAUAUUAUUUUUAAUCCAGACUAUAAUUAUUUAUGUCAGUUUAGAAUCUCUCUGUAACAGAAGCUGAUUUGAUGGAUUUUCAUUUGUGCUCAAGAAGAAUAAACCUCUGCUUAACUUCAUCAGCAAACUCAAGCUGUUGGUGAGCGCACCAAGUAGGUCUUCUGAGGACUGUAACCUUGUUCCUCUGCACCUGUAGUUGUGGUUUGUUCCAGUGCUGCACCCACACAAGACUGUGAAAGAGUACAUUUGUCUCUGGAGUUGGCUGCACUUGUAGGUCGGGUUCUGUAGUCAAAGCGGUAGGAGAUGAUAAAGCAGUAAAGGUCACGUUUUCGCUUUGUGUUUUCUCAUCUUUAAGUUCUCUUUUCCCUUAGUUCAGAGGUUUUCUAUUCAGUGCUAGGGAAUGGAUGAAGACAUCGGCCAGAUGCGCUGUUUCUGCCCACCUCCUCUUUUCCUGUAUGGGGUCUGCCUUGUGCUAGAGCAUGGGCCAUUCCCACCAGCUCCUGAGCAGACUGAGGAGCAGCAGCCCCAGGUACGCAGUGCCCAUGUAACCCCCAGUGGGAAGAAGGCAAGAGCAGCCCCUCUCCCUCAAGUCAUCCUACACCUACUAAAAUGAGGCAGAAGCCCAUCCCCAGCUUCAGUGGGAAUAAAUCAGGUGGUGGGAAGCUCUAUGUGGCUGAAUCGUGCCGAGUGCUGAGCCCCAGCCCUGGUGCAGGAGGAGGUUCCUCAGCAUCCCCUGUCGGAUUCAAACUCUGACUGUGCCAGGUAGGCUUGGGCAGAGUUCAGCAAGGGGAUGCUGAAAUGGCCUCGGCCUGAGCCACAGAGGGGCCUGGUGUCCCCGAGUCUGCAGGUGCUCUCGAAGCUGGUCCCCAAGCUGAGGGUGGGAGACCGUUGGACAGCCUCCGGCACUGAGGGCUGCUUGUAGUCUAACAUCUCCUGUCCUUGUGCAUCCCGACGGGAAUCCAGGUUCUGCAUUGAAGUUGUAGAAAGGGAAAUUGUUGCACUGUUGAUGUUUUAAUUUUAAUAAGCUCUGUGGUCCAAACAGUGUUUCCCAGGUGUGUUUGAAGAGGUUUUGGGGGUCUUUUGUUUUCUAGCAGGAAAUGAACAUGUUGCUCUGAUGCUUUAUUAGGAAGUGGAGUUUGAGAGUGCGGGGAGGAAAUGUCUUGAAUUUUGCUGGACAGCCCAAGUUCUGAGUUUUCCUGUUUGUUGUAAGACAGUUGUGUAGCUGAGACUGUAGGUAAUGCUUCAGAUAAAGAGCUUUUCCUUCAUGAGACUGCUGUAUAUCAGGUGACUGGUACUUUAUGUGCUUUAGAAAAGGGAUGAAGCGGAACAGAUUGCCGGGCUCACUUUUUUUUUUUCCAGAUGUCAGAUACACACAACAAAUGUACAUCUUGCCUGGAAUUCAAUCCCCCCCCCCUAUUUACAAGCUAUUAAAGGCAUGAUUGCUGAUCACCCCCUACUUCCCUCUCUGUUUUUUUCUUCUUCCCUCUCUGCACAGCUGGACUCCAUACAGUGCUACAUUCCUUUGCCAGCCAGUUUCAGCAGACAGAGGGAGAGGAGCUCUGUCUUCAGAGCUAAGGAUCUCUGCAAGCAUCAUGGCUGCAGCCCUGGCUGGCAGUAGGCCUGGCAACCCAGGCUGCAGGCCAGCUUAACCUGGCUGCCAUCUCUCCCCCAGCCCCUUGGGCAGUGAUUGCUGUCAGUGGUAGCUCGUAGGUUGA